UUUUUUUCUGGUAACGUCCACCUCAGCGUUACUGCUGAAAAUUAAAAUCUUUCCAAUCAUUUCAUUCCAUUUCUCGCAACCACCCGAACACCGAACGCUUCCACCUAUUAUCCAUACCUAUCUUGGUACCUAGGUGCAUCAAUCGAGGCGCUUUCGUUUGCCUAUCUACCUGGUGCAUCCGUUCAGAACAUUGUUUGGCUAAUUCUCCGUAAUCACAUUCAUUAAUCAACGAGCUGGCGGACCGAAGGACGAGGACAAUGAGGCCAUUGAUCCUGCAUAAUGUUCCGGACGAGGAGCUCUACACCGGCGAUGAUGGUGUUCAGCGGCCCUAUGCUAUGCUGUGGCCCGAGUAUGUAACUGAUUCUCCGGCUUCUCCAUCACCCUCCAAUAAGAAAACUCCCCAUCAGAAUGCCCUCACUCGAUCAACUUCGCUUACCACCAUGGACAACGAUAGAGGCGAUCGGCAGCGAACCCUCCCCCGUACGCGCGCACGAGAGGUGACCGAAUCGGGCUCGUUCGGCAAGUCGACUAGGAGAUCCAGGUCGCGGACGGGCAGCGCGCCUCCGAAACGCGAAGAUGCUACUAUGCAAAGUGCCGACAAGAUCUUUUCUAGCUACUUGAAAAAUCGACAGCAAGCUACUCCCGCGACCGCAACCACGACGACCGCCGCCACGUCUUCCUCACAGCGGAAAUCUAGUUUCAUCGGCCAGCCCACUUCACAGUCGCAAGAGGAUGCCGCUUCCACCGCGCAGGUAUCGACUUAUCGGAAAGAACCUACCGAAGUCAUCUUGAGAGGCUAUUCGUCAUCGUCGCAACAAUAUGCGGCCAUCAAUCACUACGAACAACUGGCGGGGAGAAUCUGCGAAGACUACUCUAGGGAGCCGCCGAUAGAAUCGCGACGAUAUAAGUCGGAUCUACGAGACCCGGCACUGACACGACGACAACCAUUAACAGCCCUUGAGCGAUCCAAGGUUAGCAGAGUUGCUAGUGGAGAGCAUUGGGUCAAGAUUACGUUUGAAUCGGCUGAGGCAGCGGAAGCUGCAUUGUACGCCUCCCCACAGAAGAUCUUUGGCUAUCUGGUCUACGCUGAACCCUAUCACGGCUUGCCUCCUAAGGAAGAUGCAGCCGUGUUGGACGCCGCGGGCGACAGUGGCAUGAUCGACCCAUUUAGAUCGAGAAGUAGACCGAGACGGCCAUCACAAGCUCGCGCAGAGAAGGGUACAGGGUUUCCCAAACCUGCCUCUGUCCCGGCACUUGAGCGUACUAUCAAACAACAUGAAUCUCCCACAGGCUCGCAAAGUUCGACCCAGACUUUGGAUACGGCCACUGCGUCAACAGCGACUGUGACGGGAGCAGCCCUAGAACUACCCCAGAAUGCGGAGCAACAUGACGGCGCCUUUUGCCGACGGAUCCCCGAGGCUCGGCGAGUGAAGCUCUUGCCAGCCGAGCAAGCCCUUGCUCCUCAGCCCACGUUCCAGCAAUGGCUGCUAGCUUGGAUCCCGUUAAUUGGAUGGUUUGGCGGUUCCAUGAUCGGCAACGAGGUGCCCCGAAACGAGGUCGGAGAGUUCGACUUCAACCGAGCUAGUCUGUAUUGGAAGUUGAUGUUCUACCUCGACCUAUGGUUCAGUCUCUUCGGCCGUGAGCUUGUGAGUGGUGAUAAGGACGACUAGGAGACCUUACCCAUAGCACCGGCUCCGACUUGAACAUUUUGUAUAUGCCGCUAUAAGGGGAUGAACAACGAGAAGGGCGAGGCAGUCUCACAAUCAUGCGUUCUGGAGUUGAGGAAUACGGCAAGAAGACAACACUGAAACACAUUGCUGAUGGUCUUCUUCCGAGAUAAUAAAGUAUAGGGGAUGAUGCUAUACUUGAUGUUACGAUUACUAUAGGCAAAUUGGGGCGUGCGGUGGGGAGGGGCUUAGCUAGGCUCUUGCAUUACUUGCAUGCUAUAAUCGAUAUGCAGUCUACUUUA